GAGCGCAGGGCCGGCGCUGCGUCAGCGGAAGCGGCGCGCAGCGGCUGUUUCCGACCCGAUAAAGCGGCGUUGUCCCCGCGCGCCGACCGCAGCUUCGCAGCGCUCCCUCUGCGCCCGCGUCGCGUACUGACUGACCGCCAGCCCGGCCGGCCGGCCGACUACCAGCCGCCGCCGGGCCGCCCUGCCCCGUCGUCCCCGGAGCGUCCGGGGCUCCGCGCCCCCGCCGCCCGCCAGCCCGCCAGCCCGCCGGCCCGGCCCGGCAGCCCAGCCGCGCCGCAGCCCCCGCGGCCCCGGCCGAGGAGACAGAUGACAGUGACGUUACCUGUGUAAAAGCCACUCACUGUACCCCUGCACUUGCACUGCUUGAGGAAGGGAAGCCUGCUGUGUUAAUGCCUAGACUACUUGAAUAACAGAUCAACCAGUCACUCGAUGGGGAGCAACCGUGGACCACCUUUUUGUGUCACCUUCCCACCUCUGUGUAGCAAGAAAAAUAACUUCAGCACUUCUUCAAUAAUAAUGAUGAAACUGGUAUUAACUGAAUGGCAAUUAUGGAUUUUUAACUCUAAUUCACAGUAAGCCUGCAAGCCAUGUGUUUCCAAUACAACCAAAAAGCGUCCUGUUUUGCUGCGUGUCUCAUAUGAUUGUGAGAAGCUGUGAGAUACCUAUUUGUACAAAGAGGAUUAUAAGUAUUACUUGCCAGAGGAACACAACUGAAGCCGAAAGAGAAGACGUCUUAAUUUAUCCUUAAAGAUAUAUAAUAGUAUUAUUUAUAUAAAGUAAAUAUAUAUAUAUAUAUAUAUACACACAGAUAUAUAUAUACACGCAUACACAUAUAUAUUUUUUGGUGGUAAUGAAAAUGGCUCCGCAGAAUGCCGACUCAGAAUCUAUGCAAGUUCAAGAGCUACCUGUGCCCCUGCCGGACCUGCAAAAGCCGGGGAGCUCCGAGGCAGAGGCCCGUGAGGAGACCAUCAGCGAGGGCUCCAUCGACCGCAUCCCCAUGCGCCUGUGGGUGAUGCACGGGGCAGUGAUGUUUGGCAGGGAGUUCUGUUAUGCCAUGGAGACGGCACUGGUCACACCCAUCCUGCUACAGAUUGGCCUCCCGGAGCAGUACUACAGCCUCACCUGGUUCCUGAGUCCCAUCCUCGGCCUAAUCUUCACACCUCUAAUCGGCUCUGCCAGUGACCGGUGCACCCUGAGUUGGGGCCGCCGGCGGCCCUUCAUCCUCGCCCUCUGUGUUGGCGUGCUCUUUGGCGUCGCCCUUUUCCUGAAUGGCUCUGCCAUUGGUCUGUCCCUCGGCGAUGUCCCCAACCGGCAGCCCAUCGGCAUUGUUCUCACAGUUCUGGGGGUGGUGGUCCUGGAUUUCAGUGCUGACGCCACCGAGGGGCCCAUCCGCGCCUACCUGCUGGAUGUGGUGGACAGCGAGGAGCAGGACAUGGCCCUCAAUAUCCACGCCUUCUCUGCUGGCCUUGGCGGGGCCAUUGGCUACGUGCUGGGUGGGCUGGACUGGACGCAGACUUUCCUGGGCGCCUGGUUCCGUACCCAGAACCAGGUGCUGUUCUUCUUCGCGGCCAUUGUCUUCUCGGUGUCGGUGGUCCUGCAUCUCUUCAGCAUCGAGGAGGAGCAGUACAACCCCCAGCAGGAGCGCAGCAGCGAGCCGCCCGCAGUCCCCUUGCCCACCGCCCGCCUGCCCGCACUGGACAGCGGCACCCUGUUCCCGGACGAGGUGCAGUCAGAGCACGAGCUGGUCCUGGACUACCUGGACGUGGACAUGGUGCGCAGCAAGAGCGACUCGGUGCUGCACAUGCCCGACGCUGCCCUGGACCUGGAGCCCGAGCUGCUCUUCCUGCACGACAUCGAGCCCUCCAUCUUCCAUGACGCCUCCUACCCUAACACCCCCCGCAGCACCAGCCAGGAGCUGGCCAAGACCAAGCUGCCCCGCCUGUCCACCCUGCUCAGGGAAAACGCCAAGGAGGAUGAGACGCUGCUGGAGAACCACGCCGACCAAGUGAAGGUCCCCAAUGGGAGUGGCUCCUCCCCCAAAGACGUCCUCAGCGGCUACUCCAGGGUGGACAUGAAGCCCGCCAUCACAGCCGGCUCCAUGAGGAGGCGCCGGCACAUGUUCCGCCGGCAGGCUUCCAGCACCUUCUCCUACUACGGCAAAAUCGGCUCCCACCGCUACCGCUACCGGCGGGCCAAUGCCGUGGUGCUCAUCAAGCCCUCCCGCAGCAUGAGCGACCUGUAUGACCUCCAGAAGCGCCAGCGGCAGCGCUGCCGGCACCGGAAUCAGAGCGGGGCCACCACAUCCAGCGGAGACACCGAGAGCGAGGAGGGGGAGAGCGAGACCACGGUGAGGCUGCUGUGGCUGUCAAUGCUGAAGAUGCCCAAGGAGCUGAUGCGGCUGUGCCUGUGCCACCUGCUCACCUGGUUCUCGGUCAUCGCCGAGGCCGUCUUCUACACCGACUUCAUGGGCCAGGUCAUCUUUGAAGGGAAUCCCAAGGCUUCAUCUAACACGACUGAAUGGCAGGCCUACAAUGCUGGGGUGAAGAUGGGCUGCUGGGGACUGGUCAUAUAUGCAGCCACUGGUGCCAUCUGCUCAGCCCUGUUACAGAAGUACCUGGACAACUACGACCUGAGCAUCAGGGUGAUCUACGUGCUGGGCACACUGGGCUUUUCCAUCGGCACAGCCGUGAUGGCCAUGUUUGCCAACGUCUAUGUCGCCAUGGUCAUGAUCAGCACCAUGGGCAUCGUCUCCAUGAGCAUCUCCUACUGCCCCUAUGCCCUGCUGGGGCAGUACCAUGACAUCAAGGAGUAUGUCCACCACAGCCCUGGGAAUUCCAAGCGUGGUUUUGGCAUAGACUGCGCCAUCCUGUCCUGCCAGGUGUACAUCUCCCAGAUCCUGGUGGCCUCUGCCCUGGGAGGUGUGGUUGAUGCUGUGGGGACAGUGCGCGUCAUCCCCAUCGUGGCAUCUGUGGGCUCCUUCCUGGGCUUCCUGACGGCCACAUUCCUGGUCAUCUACCCAGAGGUGUCAGAAGAUGCCAAGGAAGAGCACAAAGGCCUGUCUUCCCAGCCACUGAGUGAAGGCAGUAGCGACAGGCCCACCGUCCUGAGGCUCACCCACAAGGAGAGCCCGGCUGGUCCAGUGGAGACAGAGUCCAUGGUGUGAGCUGACUCCUGGGGCACAUUCCUGAGCCCCAAGGGGGUGCAUGGAGGGCCUGGGCGAUGAGUCCUAUGAGGCCGCCCCCUGGGGCUCUGAUGGCUCUGGUGGCUCAGAGUCACUCCACCAACCUGAGUCAACACUCAGUAGUUGUAGGGUAGGUCCCAGCCAGUAGGCAGAAAGACCACACUAAUUACUUUUUCCACAAUUAAAAAGAUCAUUUGAAAUCUUUUUUUUUUAAUUGAAAAAGAUCUUUUAAUUUCCAUUCUCUCUUUCACUCUGCAGGUAUAUCAUUCUGCAUGUCUUAAAAUCAUAAAUCAGAUUCACAACAUAGAUAAUUCGAGAGGGAAAAAACAAUAAGCUUUCACAUUUCUAAAAUUGUAAUUGAAAACAAACCCUCUGGUGCCCCUUGCCCUAGCACUUCAGAUAAGGGUGGUAUAUUCAGUGACUGGAACAUUUGAGCAGUUUGUUGGGGUUUUUUUGUGAAGCCCUCUGUGGGCGCCUACAGGUAUUUGGAUGGUCUGUCAGAUCUCGUCCUGUUUUGUUGGUGCUGCAGCUGUCAGAGAGUAUUUUUCUUUGGUUAUUUCAGAAAUUUUUUUUUCUAAACUGUGGUUUUCUUAGAAGAACAGCAUCUCCUCUGUUCUUUGGAGAGUUUGGUACAUAGUGGUCCGUGGACCUGUUCAUGGGCAGUGGGCAGGGGCAGUGGCCAAACACCAAAGCUGGGCCUCGGGGGUGUGAUGGGUAGAGGAGAGUGACUCCCCAGGGUCUGACUCCAGGUGCCCCCCCUCCGAUGUGCUUGAGCCUGGACUCCAGCCUGGGCCAAUGUCCACACCCCCCGACUCUGUCAUCUGUGCCCCAAACUCCCUGAGAGGUUGCUGACCCUCCCAUUGCACUUUGAUCCGUCUUUCAACCAUUGGUGGCCAGGGCAGGGGGUUGGGGGGAGGAGGCACCAGGAGAGCAGAGUUACCGGCGGGGCCUAGCCCCCAGUCCCGCCACCAGGCCUACCUUGGAGCUUAGGGGUCAAGCCACCACCCACUGGAACACAUCCGAAUACUUCUGUGACCUCUUGGCCUGCUCAGCCCGCUCAGCGCCAGAGUUGGCACGGCCGCGUGGUGAAGGAAAUGUCUGUCUGUCUGGGACAGAAGGACGGUCCACUCCACCUAUGACUCCACCUAUGAGGUGUUGUUGGUUCCAGCUACUCAGCUGAACUUGGAAGUUUGGAGAAGGAGAGUCAUCACCCAAUGCUGCAGCUCUCUGGAAACGUUUUUUCCAAACUUCAACAUGCUUUGAAAAUGGUCAGUCUAAGCUCACGGCACCAGGAGUAAGAGGACCGCCUCCUGCGUGCAGCAGCUGACACGAAACGUUGUGAUACUUAGCCGCCUCAAGUCCAUGUUUUUGUUGUUGGUUUUUUUUUUUUUUUCUUUUUAAAUAAGUACUUUAAAGUGCAUGGGAAUCAUGCUGCAAUAUGAUCAUUCUGAAGCAAAUAUAUAGAGAGAUAUAUAUUUCAAGAUGAAACCAUUUUUUUCAAUAAAUUACUUGAAUUUUCUGUGUAUUUAAAGGAAUGACUGUUUCAUGUACUUGACUUCCUCUGGUCUUGCCAUGUCCCAGCCACCGGUGGCACCCUAGGGGGCCGUGUCUCAUGUCUGAGGGGCUGUGCUCCUGUCCCCAACUGAAGCAUUCUGCAGGCCGAGUGCCCUCCAGCCUGAGAGACAACUUCAAGAUGUGAGCAUUGCUGUAUGUGAAACUUGUGCUCAGGCAGAAAUGGCCCCUCCUACUACUGAAGGCACUGAGGUUCCCCGUGAACCCCUCACCACCACCUACCAUGCCUUGUUCCCUUCCAUCCUGGGGCAACAGGCACCCUGGGCUGGUCACCUGCAUGAAAUUCUUUUCCGGUCCUUGGCUUUAAGAUUCGAGGCCCUUAUUGCUGGGCCUUGUGCUUUGGCUGUCAGAACCGUGCUUGGGCCCUCUGAGCCAGAGCCUCUGGUUAUCUGGUUACCAUGCUGAUGAAAGCACGCUCCUGACAACUAGAGAAGAGGUUAGAUGGGGGAGCAGAGAAUUUGGGACUGGGGUGGAGCAGACCCUCAUUGGCACCAAAUGAACAAAAGGCCUGCCUCUGGCCAGGAGGGGCCCCACCUCCCCAGGCCUUGGCUGGGACUUGAUCUGUAAGAGCAAGAAGGGCUUAUGGGGACCACAACCUGAAUAGUGUGACAGCCCUUAAUAUCCCAGCCUUAAACUUGCCCCUGGUCUUGAAAUAAAGAUAUGGAAGGAUA